UAAAAGCUAGCGUGUUUCGUUGCUGUGUGCUGCUCUCCUUGUCUGCAGUGUAAAUGUUUCGGACAACGAAUACAAACUACUAAUUUUCACCAUGAAAACAAGAUUCAAUACCGUGGAUAUCAGGGCGGUCAUUGCUGAGAUAAAUGCUAAUUACCUUGGUAUGCGCGUAAACAACGUGUAUGACAUCGACACCAAGACCUAUCUCAUCCGUUUGCAAAAGCCUGACACCAAAUCUAUUCUACUGGUUGAAUCUGGACUCCGCAUUCAUUCUACAGACUUUGAAUGGCCCAAAAAUAUGAUGCCCUCUGGCUUUGCCAUGAAAUGUCGAAAGCAUCUCAAGUCAAGACGACUAACACAGGUGAAGCAGCUUGGGGUUGACAGGAUUGUUGACAUCCAGUUUGGCUCAGAUGAGGCUGCUUACCAUCUGAUAGUGGAACUCUAUGACAGGGGUAACAUUAUCCUGGCGGACCACGAGUACACCAUUCUGAACCUGCUGCGCUUCCGCACAGCAGAGGGAGAGGAAGAUGUGAAGAUAGCGGUGAGGGAGAGGUACCCUGUGGAGAACGCCAGGUCCCCAGAGCCCCUCAUCAGCCUGGAGAGACUCACUGAAGUCCUGUCGAAGGCCACGAAUGGAGAACAGGUGAAAAGGAUCCUCAAUCCCCACCUUCCAUAUGGGGCUACUCUCAUAGAGCACUGUCUGAUGGAAGUGGGACUCCCCGGCUUCAUCAAAGUGGACAGCCAGUUUGAUGCUGCACGAGAUGCACCCAAAAUCCUCGAUGCCCUGCAAAUGGCAGAAGUUUAUAUGGAGAAAACGGCAAGCUUCGAUGGAAAGGGCUACAUCAUCCAAAAAUGUGAGAAGAAACCAAGUUUAGCCCCAGAGAAACCUGAAGAAUUGCUCACAUAUGAGGAAUUCCACCCCUUCCUCUUUGCCCAACAUGCAAAUAGCCACUAUGUUGAGUUUGAUACAUUUGACAAGGCAGUGGACGAAUUCUACUCCAAGAUGGAGAGUCAGAAGAUUGACGUGAAGGCCCUGCAGCAGGAGAAACAGGCUCUGAAAAAGCUGGACAAUGUCAAGAGGGACCACGUGCAGAGGCUGGAGGCACUGCACCAACUUCAGGAGGUAGACAGGCUUAGGGGCGAGCUGGUGGAAAUGAACUUGCCCAUAGUGGAGAGGGCUCUGCAGGUGGUGCGGAGCGCCCUGGCCAACCAGGUGGACUGGGCCGAGAUAGGGCUGAUCGUCAAGGAGGCCCAGGCUGCCGGAGACCCAGUGGCCUGCGCCAUCAAGGAGCUGAAGCUGCAGACCAACCACAUCACAAUGCUUUUAAAGAACCCAUACAUUGUCCCAGAGGAAGUAGAGGAGGAGGAUGUAGCCAAGGUGGCUGAAGAGAAGAAGGGGAAGAAGAACAAGAACAAAGAGAAGGGUCAGAAGGGCAAGCCCAAGAAGGACCAGCCCAUGAUGGUGGAUGUGGACCUCAGCUUGUCAGCUUACGCCAAUGCCAAAAAAUACUACGACCACAAGCGAACCGCUGCUAAGAAAGAGCAGAAAACCGUGGAGGCAGCCCAGAAGGCUUUCAAAUCUGCUGAGAAGAAGACCAAGCAAACCCUUAAAGAGGUCCAAACGGUUAUGACCAUUCAGAAGGCCAGGAAAGUCUACUGGUUUGAGAAGUUCCUGUGGUUCAUCAGCUCAGAAAAUUACCUCACCAUCGCCGGACGUGACCAGCAACAGAAUGAAAUUAUCGUUAAGCGCUACUUGAGGGCUGGGGAUAUCUACGUUCACGCCGACCUCCAUGGAGCAACUAGUUGUGUCAUCAAGAACCCAUCUGGUGUGCCCAUUCCUCCACGCACCUUGACCGAGGCGGGCACCAUGGCCGUGUGCUACAGUGCAGCCUGGGACGCCAAGGUUAUCACCAGCGCAUGGUGGGUGCACUACCACCAGGUGACUAAGUCUGCCCCCACUGGAGAAUACCUGACCACUGGAAGUUUCAUGAUCCGAGGAAAGAAGAACUACAUGCCGCCCUCUUAUUUAAUGAUGGGUUUCAGCUUUCUCUUCAAGGUAGAUGAGCAGUGUGUAUUCAGACACCGGGGUGAGAGGAAGGUCAAGACCAUUGACGAGGACAUGGCGGAUGUGACGUCCAGCACAGCAGAGCUACUAGAGGAUGGGGAGGAGCUUAUUGGGGAUGACAGUAGCAACGAGGGAGAGGGGGAAGACGGAGGAGGAGAUGGAAAGAAGAAUGGAGUGGAGGUAAAAGUAGAGAAAGCCACUGAAGGGGCAGAGGCUGAACAUAAGGAGGAUGGAGAUGCUAAAGAACUGGACGACAUGAAGGAGGAAGGAGAGGAGGAUGAGGUGGAGGGGCUCGAGGCGAAGGUGAAGAGUGAUGGGGAGAGUGCAGAGUUCAGUUUUCCAGACACCACCAUCUCCCUGUCCCACUUGCAGUCCACCAGGGAAACCCAAAGUGCUGGUUUCAAAAAGGUGUCCAUUCAGGUUGAGGUGGAGGCGCAAAAAGAGGGGGGAAAACACAUUACAGCCAAGCAAAGAAGGGAGAAGGGGAAACAGGAUCAUUCUGAAUCUCAGGAAGAAGAGGGAAAGACUGAGGAGACGCAUGGUGCCAAUCAGAAAACCAAGAGUGGAGGAGGGGGAGGAGCCUCUCAGCAUCCUCUUAAGAGACAUCAAAAGAACAAGCUGAAGAAAAUUAAAGAGAAGUACAAAGACCAAGAUGAAGAGGAUCGGGAGCUGAUGAUGAAAUUGUUGGGGUCUGCUGGCUCCACUAAGGAAGAGAAGCCUAAGAAGGGCAAGAAGGGGAAGGGCAAAGACGAGGUGUUGAGAAAAGCACCCCAGAAGCAAGCCCAGAGACCCCGUCCUCAGGAGGUCAUCUUAAAGAAACCAGAAGGGGAAGAGGAGGGACUAGCUGUGGAGGAGGGAGCAGCACCUGAACAGGAUGACAAGGAAGGAGAUGAUCAGGACCAAGACAACCCUGGAGCAGAGGAAGCAGAGAAACUGCUGAAUUCUCUGACGGGCCAACCCCACCCAGAGGAUGUACUGCUAUUCGCUGUGCCAGUCUGUGCCCCCUACACUGCCCUCUCCAACUACAAGCACAAGGUGAAGUUGACCCCAGGGACCCAGAAGAAAGGAAAAGCUGCCCGCACUGCAGUAUUCAGCUUCAUGAAGGCCAGGGAGGCUUCGACUAGAGAGAAGGACCUGUUUCGCAGUGUCAAGGAUACAGAUUUAUCAAGAAACAUCCCAGGCAAAGUUAAAGUGUCAGCACCUAACAUAAUGGCAGCCAAGAAGAAAUAGACCUAUACAAUUUAGUCGACAUGGACUUUCUUCACGAAACAAUGAGUUAACCCCACCCUUAAUAGUACUAUGAUGUCUGCAAUUGGAUGACAGGAAAAGCUUGUGCACCGAAGCAUUACAUUUUCCUGGAUCUUUACUUCAAGAUGACAGGGAGGGGGAAAGCAAUGCAAAAUGUCAGAACAAAAUCUGAUUUUACAUUUAUUUUUUCUUGAUUCAAAAUUAAGAUUUUUAUGAAACUUGUGCAAAUAAUACAAAAUGAGAAACAUUUUGUGGUAACUUCAGUGCAACUGGUAUUAUUACCUGAUUAAAAACCGAAAAUACUACACAAACAAGCUUCUGAUUAACAUGGUCACCUUUCCAGCAGGACUGAACAUGGUACUUUCAAUUUAAAAAAUAUAUAUACAUUUUCAAACACUGGCAUGAAAUUCACACGUAAGGAUAAUGAACGUUGCCAUGCUUGCUGACUGGCCAACACCACUCCCAUCAAAAGCGAACACCAGCAACUCUUUGCUGUGAGCCUGUUAAAGGCAAUUCACAUAUCUUUAUUCAAACCAUACUUGGUAGUAAACCUUGUUAUCAAUCAGUUUAUAGUUCUAAUGUUAAGUGACACUUGUGGUCUCACUGUACUCACUGCUCGCUGAUGGGACAGCAGGUUAUUGGCACAACCGCCAAACACAAAGACCUCCCCAUCAGGACCGGAACAGGCCGUGUGCCAGAGCCUGACACAAAAAAGAGGAAAAUUACUAAGGACACACACACACACAGUGAAACAAGCAGCUCCCAUUCAUUACCACUAAUUGGUUUCUCUCUUGUGAUAUUACCUGGGGCUCUGUGUAUGAUUGUGCUUGUACUGCUGCCAGUUGUUCUUGCUGAUGCAGUACAGCCAAGCGUCACCUGUAUAUAUUACAAAAGGAUGGAGAAAUAAAAACAUUUGGUCAUGCCAUGGACUCAAGGAAAAUGGAUAAAGAAGUAUUCUUCACUCACUCAGUGUCUCUAUAUGUUGUGAAGCCUCCGAACAGGAAGAUGUGAUCAGGUGACACGGGGGUGAGGGAGUGCCAUAAGCGUCCCACAGGACCCUGCUGAGGAACACUCCUGUAGAGGGGCAAGGGAAGGUCAAGGGGAAAUAGGACCGGGGUAAAGGGUUAGUCCCAUAAAGGUGAACAGAGGUACAUCUAUGGGUUAGAGCACAGCCCCCUCCCCUAAAAAAAGGUGUUUAAUGCUAUAACAUGCAUGAAGACAUUUUGGAUGAGGACUACAUUUCAUGCCACUCCCCAUGUCGAUGUAGUGCAAGUCGUUCAGGCGGUAAUCCUGUUGUAAAAGAGACAAAGCAUCAAACAUUUAGAAUACAAGAUCCUUUAUGUGAUAGGUCAUAGAAAUGAACAUGGUCAACAUCUAUCUACAGGCCCGUGAUACAAUUUCACAUUAGACAGUGUGACCGUAAACUCAGCAGGAACUUGAAUAAUCUCUUUUCAGAACAUUCCUACUUACCCUGUAACGCCCCCCAAAUACAUAGCCUCGGUUGCCCACCUUGGCACAGGCAUGUGCUGCCCGGGGAGAUGGGGCAUUACCCUUCAAUAGAAAAGGGGAAUGGAGAGGUGAGACUGGAGCUCCCAUUGAAACAGAUGUGCAAAAUGGCUUCCAACACAGAAAGUUGUGACAUGAUUUAAGGGAAUGCUGUUACCUUGGUGACUGGCUGGCUCCAGGUGAACAUCUCCAGGUCCAGGAUGUGAAUGUGGUUGUUCCAGCCCCACCCCGGAUUAUCUCCCUGUUACAAUACACAGAAGGGAUUGUUUUCAUUAGGGCAUGCAAACAUUUAACUACGGAACAAAAAUUUGCAUUUCUUAUUGGUUGUCCAUCCCCCUUUCAGUAAAAAAAAAAGUUUGAUGCUUAAUUAACACGACCAAGAACUUUACAAUUAUUGACAACUCCCUUUGCUGCAGACAGAUACACUUAACAGACCAUUUUCAUACUGGUGUUAAAAGCAGCUGAAGGUUUCAAGGGUUGUGCAAUUAAUUGACCAUACCAUGAAUAAAAUGUAAUCGUAUUCAAAUGUC